AUGUUGAAAACAGUUUUAUAUCCUAAAGAUUUCGAUUCAGUCUCAGGUUGGAUACCCGAUGUUGGCAGUGGAAGUGUUUUAAAAGAACCGGUAAGAAAUGUUGCAAAUGAUGCCGAUUUAGAUAGAGUGAGAGUUGUUGCUCGAAACACAAUAGAAAGAGUAGCACGAGCAGCUAAUCAUGGAUUCGAAAAACGAGUACUUCAGUACAAUAAUAUUGUUGAGAAUAAUAGAAACUAUAAAAAUAUGUGUGAAUUAUUUGGAAAUCUACCUCAGUUUAAAUAUGUAGAUUUUGCACUUAAUCAUCCAAUCUUCUGUUUUGAUCUAUCAGCUCACCAAGAAGAUCUUUUCAAAACAGGAGUGAACAUGAAUAUUCAUAUUGAAAAAACACAAGGAGAUGUAACAGGUUAUUGUUUAUUAUUAGAAGAAGCAAAACAUUUAAUUAAAAUAGCAGAUAGAAGAAUGAUAAGAAUUGAGUAA